ACAUACAUACGGCUAUGCAAACAAUAUAGUACUGAAUGACAUCAAGUUACUUUUGUGCUUUAAAAUUCAUUGAAAUUUGUGAGAGCCGAGAGUAGACACACAGAUUAAAAGAGACAGAAGCAUGAGACAUAGUUUUCUUUCUACAUAGUCUUCUCCACUUUUUUCGUUGUUGGUCUAAAGUCUUCACAGUUUCACAAUUGUUAUCUACUUUUUCCUCUUUAUUCUGCGUUCUCUUUUUUUUGCUACUAUCUUACAACAGCUGCUACUGGUCAUUUUUUGAAGAGGCGUUGUAACUGAUGGACGACACAAUGGCCACCGCACAGCUAAACAGAAGUAGAACGUUAAGAAAACUCGAAAAACCUCCACCGCUCAAACUGAAGCAGCACCGCCACACAACCGUCGAUGGCCGGAUCACAACUGUCGAAGACAUAGUUUCCCUGAUUGACAAUGUCGCCAUACAUCUCACUAAUGGUUACUUUGACAGAACGCUGCAAAUGAACGUGAUUACCAUGUGCAACCACGUCAAGCUUUACGCUCAUCAGUUGGAAGCUAUCUAUAAAGAUCAGCUGGAUAGAGCCUUUGUGGCUAUCAGAAACGGUAGUCAAGACGAAAGGCUGAACGUGACGACCAGGGUAUACCUCUUGGAGCUAAUUGAACUUAGAGCCAAACAAUGGCGCCACACUGAUGCAAUGGACUCAUAUUAUUGCCAUAAACUCUCUCAAAUAGACAGUCAGGGAGAGUUGGCUCCAACCGCUGAGACUCCGACAAAUCUGCUGACUUCUCCCUUGCUACCAUUGGCGUCGCCAACAGCAGCCCCGGUGCUUAAUCCUGGAGAGGUGAUAAAAAACAGUGGUAAAUUUGCAAAACCAACACGCAUACCGGGGAAAAACUAUUGCAAGGAUGAAGUGGUUAUUCGUAACAGUGAUUCUGGAAAAGUGAUGGGGAUAAAGGGGAGGCGAGUACACAUGAUAGAAGAGCUCAGCGAGACAAUCAUCUCCUUCCAACGAGUGAACCCUGGAGCCAAAGAACGACUCGUCCAAAUAACUGGAACUUCCGAAGACAAGAUAAACUAUGCUAAGGAUCUGAUCAAAGAUACAAUACAACGAAAUGCAUCACCAAUUAGAUUAGAGCAGGGUGGAAGUGACAAGGGUGGUAUGGGCGGAUCUAGUUCAUCUCUGAAUAGCAGUGCAUCAGAUGAAAGCAACAGACUUCAGCAACACCAUCAGCAGCAACAGAAUGCUCUUCGAUCUCGCUCCUCGCUACUCCAUAGCUUUUCUACAAGUGAUGCUAGCAUUGGCGAGUAUAAAUAUACGGUUACAGUUGGUAACCAUUCUCUUAAGAUCACCGGUUCCAACCUUGACGUCGUUAGGACUGCAAAGCUUGUCCUUGACGAAUAUUUCUCCGGCGAUUCUGAGCAUUUUGCAAGUGGCAUUGAAUACUUCAGUUUCGAAGAAGAAACUACCUAUGCUCAGGUUGCCCCAGUGACUCCACUUGUCCCUCUCACACUCGGAAACAUAGCCACGAUAGGAGACCGCAAGCUCAGCAUGGACAGUGUAGCUACUUCGGAAAGCGAAGAAACAUACAAGCCGCGUCCUAAUUCUGGACUUGAUCCAACGACUGCUGCUGAAAGCAGAGAGCUUACCUACGAGUUUCUGCUGCAGUGUGCUGCAGGGCCAUAUGCAAAACGGGCCCCAGCCGAUUGGGCCAGGAUCCAAAAGGACUGUCCCAGCAUAGUACGAAAGCAGGCCUCGAUAACAUUUUUUGAACCAGAGACCUACAAGGCCCGAGUUGCAUCUGCAGGUCUAGUCAUGGUUAUUCCAGCAAGCGAAACGGAAAACGAAGUUGAGUGAAAAGCAAGCUUAGAAAGACGAUUUUGAUUAAAGGGCUGGAGAUUUUCAGAUCUAAAAAGCAUUGAAGCGGUGCUGGUUUGAUCUUUGCAAAUUGGGACCGCAUAGACAAUGAUUUUUUUUCUUCUGUAAGUAUGAUGUGAACUACGUGAAAUAUUAGUAUAAUACCUCGUUAUGAUGUCAAUCAUGAAAGAGAAAUAGAGCAAAGUCUCACCUUGUAAUUGUUGCUCAGGCAGUUUAUUUAAUUGGCUUCGGUGAUGUCGUUGCCACUUUGAAACGGCAAUGAUUAUGUCUUUAAGUUACACGUAGGUAGCUAUAAAGAAGAUAGGAUUCUAUGAAGAUCCAAACUGACUACUGGAGGAUCUUUGGGCACAACGGAAGUUUGUUUCAUGCCCAAGAAUCGGCUUCUGCAAUCGGCACCCUCACCCAGAACUUGUAUACAAUAAUAUUUUCGAACUCAAAAUGAAUAUCUAUUUGUUUGUUUGUUUGUUGCCCAAAGGUAUUCCGGUUUUUUUUUCUUCAAAUUUCAUGCAACAGUAAAAGGUCUUACACCGAUCAAUGAUUCAGCAUAGCCUAGUCUGAAUUUUGAUGAGAAGAGUGGAAAAAAAAUCAAAUGAUAAGAUGCACAAGAGAACGAUUUUAUCUACAAAUAUCCAAACACUAUUUACUCGACGUUACAUAACUAAUACCAAAAAUAUUCAUGAAAUGAUGUUACAUUAUCUAUGUAAUGAGAGUUUGAUUACUAGAAACGUAUUCGUCACUAUUCAGGCGCAUGAUAUUGGUAGAAUGAAGUAUUCUAAAUAGCUUGACGACUGCCGUUUUGUGGCUGCAAAAUUUCAUUUUUUCAAAAUUCAUUUUUUUUUCUUCCUAAUUCUCACAGCCUCCGAAUUUAACACAGCGUUAUCAAGUACAUUGCAUUAUUAUGAAGAUGUUUAUUCUGCCACCAGAGUUCUGAAGAAAUCUAAAAAAAACACGAAAAUUCAGUCGAAUGUUCGUUGCCAUGGAUGUAAGUAUUAAAAUGUUUUAAUCAUAACCAGAUUUGGAUAAUUUCGCCUAAUAGCAAAAACAGGACAAAUUGAUGAUUUAUCAAUAACAAUUGCUUUUUGCGAUUGUAUAAAUUUUUCCCCCGACUCAUUCGUAUGUCUCGGAUACAUAAAAUUUAUUGUUACUUACUGUAUUUUGCUUCGCUAUUUGACGAACAAAAACUCGUUCUGCUCUAUUUUUAUCACGUGCAUAUUAUUAUGCACUCAAUUCAAUCACGUAUCCAUACAUGCAUUUUAGUAUUUAGUAUAGAAUUUGUAAUUCACAUGAUUAUGUUUUACGUUUUGCCUUUAUUAUUUAUCCUCUUUUCUAAUUUAUUACAUAUUUAAUAUUUAUUACAAUGUUGUCGUUAUGGUACGUUGUUGAUAAAACGAAGUAUUCCCAACGAGCAGGCCGAAUCGCUCCAAAAAAUGUCAGACUUUCAUUCAAAAUCAAUCAAGUUCUAGUAAUCACGAAUGGAAAGCUAUUUGUAAAUUCAAAUAAAAUAAGAAUCAACUUUUCCAACGGUACCGUACGAAUUUCGGUAAGAAUCCAAUCGCAGCGUCUCGUUGGGCAAUAAAAGCUACGUAUCUGUGUUUUUAAGAUAAUUCUAAAUACUUAGUAACCCAAAUUUGUAAAACUGCGAAUGUAUUAUUAUUUUAGAUCUUGUUUUCUUUCAUAUCGAUCGAGAGCGGCAAUUACUUUUAUUGAUUGUAUAUGAAGUCUCGUUCAUCUCCGUCUAAUGGUGACGAUUCGUGAUAUUUCUUUCCCUCCCUUUUGGUUCGAAAGUUUCCAGAGAUAAAAAUGUAGAUUAUCAUUUAUUCUUAUUCGCAUCGUUUUCAAUUCUUAGUUAUGGCAAUAAUAAAUCUGUUAUGCUUAUUGGACCUAUAAAAUACUGAAAACAAAUAUUUUUGUAAUCAAUCGAGGAUUUUUUUGUAAAUUAAAAGAAAUAACAAAAGACGAAAACAAAUUUCCCCUUCUCUUUCAGGCUUUUUUGAGCGCCUUUAAUAUCUUGAAACGUUUUUGCUUCAAGUAAAAAAAAUCUAUGCAACACAAGCUCCCCAUUUAAGAAUUAUAAUUGCACGUUACAACGAAGAUACAUUAGUGGUCAAAUAGUUUUGAAAUUGUCAUUAGAAUGUAAAAAUGUGUGCAGAAAUAAAGAAAUCAAUCAUCUUAAA